AUGGCUGAAGUGCUUCUUCCUUGGCUUAACGGCCACCUAGACUUUCGCCAGGCGUACACGUUCACCCUGAACGACAUCGUGGAUACACUACGAGAUAUCGUGCAGCAUCCUGUCUCGUACGGUGUUCCCCCCCAGAAUGUCAACAUGCUCAUCUCGAUCCAUGGGCAUAUCACUCGCCUGCGCCGACCAACAGGACAGGAUUACCUUAAUCCCCCGCCGCCACAAAGCGUCCACCGGGACCUGAACCCCCAGUGGCCCAGAUCUAUCGCCAGGUUUAGGCUCGAGAGGUCGACCUACGAUGGCUUGGAGUAUUGGGCUCUCCCAGACUACCUUGGGCUCUUUUUGAGCAAGUUGGGGCGAGCUCCGGCGGGGGCAACCAAGCGGAAUUUUUAUCUCCCAGUCACAGCGGUUUUCGGACGCUGGUGCGACAAGCUUCUAUCUGGGCGGAGGUGGCAGAAGCCCAGAGUGUAUCAGUGCACCUGGGCAGAUGCUGGGGAGUUCCACCUUGGUGCCUCGAGAGGAGGUUGGACUUUGGAGAGUGGUAUGGGCUCCUGUCUCGCUGUUCUGGACCGAGCUCGCUUUGGUGUUGUUAGGUCUACAGUGCUUGAUUUGGCCUACUGGUCGCAAGCCUGGACGCCUACCAUUGUGAGGAAGGGAAGGAGACGGGGCACACCUUUUGGUCGCUGUGCGGAGACCUAUCCCUUCCGUAAACUUCUCAUGGAGAAAUCCAGAGAAGAGGCGGAGCGGGUGUGUGGAUUGGCGCUAUGCAACGACUACAUAUCUGAGCCCGUCUAUGACGAUCGACUGUCGGGGGAGGUCUGGAAGAGCCUUUGGGACCCGUGUCUCAAUUGCCAAACUCUGAUCAGACUCCACCAGGGCAACGUCCUCAAUUUUCUGAAAACAACCGGAAUAGAGGGGGCCCCGCCUUGA